AACACAACUUAAUACCUCCCCCGCCACCGUCAGCCAAACCAGUCGAUAUCCGAUCCCGUCUCAUUCACUUUCAGAAUGUUUGGAGACAGGCAGUUAAUCGAGCACCGAGAGAAUGGCAGCCAGCAAACGACCUCUGAUUUAGCGACUUGACGUUGAUGUUGUGGCCGUUCACUAGCUCCCGCUGUACUGCCGUGGCCUUGGUCUCAGCGUGGAGAUGUGUGCAGCAGCGGAUCACCACGGCAGCAAGCUACUCAACAAGAGCCCAGCUGCUGCUUCACUCUCAGGCAUCGUCAGUGUCGGUGCCAUCCAGGACAGCGUCCACCGACAGGCUGCUGAGCAUCAGGCCCGUGAGCUGGCAUCCCUCCCGUCUCUGCCAGGGGGAUUCACGGAGCGCCUCAGACAGAGAGAGCACCGAGGGGGGCCUCAGUUUGAGGGCUCUCACUCAGGCUCCCAAACCGGCCCUGUACCUCGGUGUCUCUGGGCUCGUCCCCUUCGUGUCCGCCCCUCUCCUGAUGGCCGCCUCGCAGUCCUUCAUCCCUGAAGUGGCGUACGCUCAAGUGGUCUAUGGAGCCUGCAUAGUCUCCUUCCUCGGAGGUGCCCGCUGGGGGUUUGCCAUCCCUGCUGGUAGUCCCGCUCAGCCAGACUGGAUGAACUUGGGCAACAGUGUUGUGCCUUCGCUUCUGGCCUGGCUGGCACUGCUCUGCAGGGACAAUAUUGCAGAGGGAGCCCUGGUAGUACUCAUGGGACUGGGUCUGUCCCUGCACUACGACCUGACCCUGCUGCCCGGUUACCCCGCCUGGUUCAAAGCCAUGCGGACUGUCCUCACUCUGGUUGCCACAUUCUCACUGGUGGCUACACUGACAAUUAAAAAGUUCUGCACUGAGAAGAAGAUCAAAGAGAUUAGGAACUGAUUUAAAAGACCAGUUUGUACUUUGAUCCACAUAAAAUAAAAAUGAAUAAAAAUGUUUAAAAAAAUUAA